AUGCUGGUGAAAUUUAUUCAACUCGCCGCCCUUCUGGGUCUAUCUGUCCAAGCGACGCAGACCUUCAGCAAUACCGGAACAGUCGCAGGCUGGGACUCUGAAAACCAAGAGCACUCAGGCACAGUCCAACAGGUCACCAACGUGGUUUACAAAGGAUCGACCGCCCUGAAAAUGACCCAAAUCUACGACUCUAGCUAUACAGGACGCUACCACUCUGAAGUAGUCAAAAACAACGUCUACAAACGCGGCGACACGGGCUUCUACGGCUUCGCCUUCCGCCUGCAAUCAGACUGGCAAUUCUCGCCAGCGCAGUCCUACAACCUAGGUCAAUUCAUCGCCGACUUCUCCGACACAGGCUGCGACGACUAUAUGCCAUCCAGCAUGGUAUGGCUCGUGGGUGACCAGCUCUACACGCGUGUGAAGCAGGGGACGAUCUGCGCGCAGAAGAUCCAGACAUUCUCGAACCUUGCUACGGUUUCAGCGGGUGUUUGGCACAGAGUUGUUAUUCAGGCUAGCUGGAAGACUGAUGAGACUGGGUAUUAUAAGCUGUGGCUUGAUGGGACGAAGGUUUUGGAGGAGUAUAAUCUUGAUACUACUAUUGAGGAUGAUCGGGCUUUCCAGUUCCGUGUUGGGCUUUAUGCUAAUGGGUGGCAUGAUGAUAAGGGGUUGAAGGGUACUCAGGGUACCAGGCAGGUUUGGUAUGAUCAGAUUGCUUAUGGGACUACUUUUGCCGAUGCGGACCCUGCUCAGUGGUGA